AUGUUGCAUGACAGUGCCUGGCGGGAAGAAAGGACGCGAUCUCCGUCCGUCAUCCCAGACGAUGGCAUCCGCGGCUUCCUCGAAGAGAAGACAGCACACCUCUUUGCCACCCAGCUGCAGUCACGAUUAGACUCUCUCGAACAAACCAGAGAAGCACCGAGAUUCCUCAGACGCAAUUCCUACAACCUGUAUCUUGAAGGACACUUCGCCCUCCUCGACCCACGCGACCUCGAGCGUACCACCCUCAGCCCCACGCCUCCGUCCAGUGACGAGGACUGGACAACCUCAGAGCAUACCCCUGAACCGAAUCCCAAAACAAACCAGUACAAAGCAUAUCUCGUUGAAAAUUUAUUCUCGAGGUCCAAAACUCUUCAAGGCCGAGUUGAACGGAAAUCAAUGCGACGGCGAAGUAAAAAGAGCAGCAAGACAACCAACCAAAAUCACCGCAUGUUACGCCGCUCCAGAGAUAAGCCCAAUUCACUCUUUUACGAGCUCGACUGGGUAGGCAGGAACGCAGUGGCCGUGUGCCAAUUGGCGCAGGACAAUUCCGAAAUGGCCACCAAGAAAGGCUGA